UCGCGGGCGCGGGUACAACAACGCGUAGGUUCUUCAGACCGAAAAAGGGAGGCAUCACUUUCUUCAGUCCUUUUGUUUGGGUGUUCCACAUGUCCUUUCGAAACUGUGAACGUAACAGCUAGUUUGUUGAAGCACAAUACACGACAUUGACUUUACUGGAUCUACCCAUCGUCUCACGUUCGUGCUCGCUGGACUUGCGGAAGCAAAGAAGUGGAGGUUGUGUGACGCCCGGAGAGAUACGCAUUAGUAAUUUCCACGAAGUUGCCGAGUAUGCAUCAUGUCACCUUAGUGAAGUUGAGAAGAGUUGUCUGAUUCAUUCAAUAAUUGAUUGUCGUCAGUUAUCGUUCCUCGAGGAAGGAGCAUAACUAGCUGGUAGAGAUGCUUGCAGAACCAAGUACGAAGUCGCGACCGUUCCGUGGUGGCCCAACACUCCGGCGCCGAGCUCCAUCUACCAAGCAUGCUGCAGAAGCCAGUCAAGGUAGCUCAUGCACGGAGAACACGCUCUUCACAGAAUGGGAGCAGAUCGAAAAGAGCGAAAGCAGCCGUGUCGGACGCUCAUUGCUGCGUAAUGAUGCGGUGAAGAGCAGGAACCCGAGCGGAUCGCGAAAUACCUCCGCCAUCACAUCACCAGUGGCCAGCAGGAAGGCAAUCCCUCAGGUGCCGUGCGAUCUCGACGACUCGGUGCUCGCCAUGGUCUAUCGGGACACGCUCAAAGUCGUCUUGCAUCGCAUGGGCUUUGUCAGUGGCGAACUGAAGGUGGAGCGCACAGACUUGCUGGAGUUUGCGCAGUCUGCAUUCAGCGUUGGUCCCGAGCGGCAUGCAGACUUCAUGCGCAUGGAGAAGAACGAAGAGGGACCCAGGAAAAUUCUGAAGGUGACGGUGCACCGGGGUCGCGACCUGAAGGCGAAGGACGAGAAUGGCUUCAGCGACCCGUUUGCAAUCAUGGGUAUCGUUCACCUGACGCCGACUGACUUGGAGGAUGCGCGGCGGAAAGGCAAAAUGAAGAAAGUUGAUCGGCUGGCCGCUCAGCUCGUCGAGACGUCGGUACAAAACGCCACGCUGAAUCCCGUCUGGGACGAAGAAUAUGAACUGACUCUCACAUCGGUCAGGAAUCGUUAUCUCCAGCUAGAUUUAUGGGAUUAUGAUGACGAGAAUACACUGGGGGAUACGGUGAAGAGUGUAGCGAAGAUCAGUGGAGUACGGGGCGCCAAGCGGUGGGUGAAGGACCUGGCAGACAUUGCACGUUCGAAAUCCAGCGACGACUUUAUGGGCCGGUUCCUAUUUCCGCUUGAAGAAAUCCCGCAAGAAGGCAUCGAGAGCUGGUACGAUCUGGAGGACCGACACGGUGAGCUGAAAGCUGGCCAGAUGAAUCUGAGACUGGAGUUCUGCGCCAAGCAGACCGUGGUGCCGCUGAACCCCGGCUGGCAUCCGUACAUUGUCUACUUCUACCUGAUGAAGCAAUGCAUCCUCGCUGAGCACCACUCAAUAGCGGAGCGUCAGCGUCGCCUGUGGAACUAUCAACUCACCAACGUCCACGCCUUGACGCUCCUCUGCCAGUAUCGCAUACAGCACAGCAUGAGCGAUAUCAAUGUUGUAUUAAUCUAGCAUCAUCUACUUGUGGAAGAAUCCCACGAAGAGCGCCUCUCUUCGCAAAGAUCAGAUCAGUCGACUGCUGGCCGACUUCCAAGCGCUGCGCAAGCAUUGUCUGGGCCUGCUCAGCAGGCUUCGCCAGGUGUUCUCGUCGGCUCGGCCCGGCUCUUUGCAGCAACUGCGGCAUGUGUUGAGCUGCUUGGAGCGCAUCUACAUGCAUCCGGUCAUGCAGAGCGAGUACCCAGUGCCACUCCUGUGUGAUGAUAUACGCGAUACAAUCAAACAAGCAACUCACAAGUGGUACCUUGAUGCCUGGGAACUGUGCGCUCCUCAAGAAUUGAGUGGCACAGGGCUUGCAGAGCAGCUCAUCACUCUGCUGCACACGGUAACGGACGACCUGGUAGAAGCAAACCACUGCUACAACCAGUACUUUGUGUGAGUUGUAUACUAGUAUGCUGACUCUCUUCUUUACGGCAUUGUGCAUGUUGCCGAGUUUUCCUGCUGUUACAUGA